CACCCUGUCCUGGGUAGAAGAGGAGGAGAGAGAGAGAGUCACUCCUCCAUGGGCUGGGUUUGUAUAUUAUGUGUGCUGCAUCCUGCAUGCAUAUCAAACUCUCGAACUUUCUCGUCACACUUUAUCAACAACAAAUCCCUUCAAACUGUUUAACAUGCUUCACCCGUGAGCACCUGAGCGCAGGACACCAGUUAUUCUUCAUUUCUUAUUUAUUCCGGCUGUCAGAUUUGAAAUCCACAGGUGAACUCGCGUGAUGCCCAGCCAAACUCAGCGCCCGCGACUGUGCGUCCUGGACAAGGGCGAGAACGGAUACGGCUUCCAUCUGCACGGAGAGAAGGGCAAAAGCGGGCAGUUCAUCCGCCUGGUGGAGCCCGACUCCCCCGCCGAGCUGGCUGGUCUGCGCGCGGGCGACCGGCUGGUGUUCGUCAACGGAGAGCGCGUGGAGAGCGAAAGCCAUCAGCAGGUCGUGGCGAGGAUACGCGCGAGCACCGGGAACCUGGAGCUCAUAGUGGUGGACGUGGACACCGACCUGCUGCUGAAGAAACACGAGCUGAAGUGCGUGAGGGAGUUCGUCACGGAGGGGAUUCCGAUGCCCGAGUGUGACGAUGAGCCCGAGAUCAGCGACGAGAUGAUGCGGGACGACACGCCGCCGCCCCCGGUGCCCGAGAGGAACGGAGAGAUCAUCCCCGUGUACAUUCCCGCGGUGGAGAAACUCAGAACAUCCGUGAGCUCGGAUACGAUUGCAGAAUUGAGGCGAAAUGAGGAAGAAGCAGAGCUGUUCACCAGGGCCGGCUACACCCCUCACAGGCUGAUUCGUCUCCACGAUGUCCAGGCUGACGGCGCUGUGACGGAGUGUGACUCGAAGCCCAAGCUCAGACCGCGGCUCUGUGCCAUCAAGAAAGGCCCCAAUGGCUUCGGCUUUAACCUGCACAGCGAGAAGUCCAGACCCGGCCAGUACAUCAGAGCUGUAGAUGAGGACUCGCCGGCACAGAGGUCCGGCCUAAAAUCCAAAGACCGGAUAAUACAGGUGAACGCGGUUUCAGUAGAGGGGAAGCAGCAUGCAGAUGUGGUGGCUGCUAUUAGAGCCGGGGGUGAAGACACCACACUCUUGGUCGUAGAUCCAGAAACAGAUGCUUUCUUCAAGAAGUGUCGAGUGACGCCCACCGCAGAACACCUCACAGGUCCGCUGCCUGAACCUGUGCUCAACGGAGACAUGGAGGACAAGGUAAAUGGGAAUGUGGCCAAAGAGGUGGAACUGAAGGACUCAAAGUUAUCAGUCAGCCCGUCCCCUUCCAACGCCUCCUCCGACGCCUCCCUCGUGACUCCGCCGCCUGAGACCGUGGAGCCGUCCAUCAGAGACGCUAUCCCCGAGCUCAGUCUGUCCUUACAGCAGGUGAAAGAGCGCGCGCACCAGAAACGCUCCAAUAAGAGAGCUCCGCCCAUGGACUGGAGCAAGAAAAAUGAACUCUUCAGUAACCUAUAGACCUCCAGACGAUCGUCCAUCCACUCAUCCAUCCAUCCAUCCCAGAAGGAAUGUAGUUUCGGCACACAUCUGGGCCGUGUGGAAUCCAUGUGGGCCGAAACUAUGUUGCUCUCUGUGAUUCAUCAGCUCUGUUUAAGACUUGAUGAAACAGAGCAGAUCUUAUAAUGAGGUUAUCAUUAAAGUAGGCUCAAUAUGAUGUGUGUACUGUGUGUAUGCACACACAGAUUUAUAUGUAUUCAGAAUUAUGUAUUUGAAUUACUAACAGAUUAUAUUAGUACAUCAGCUACGGGGCAAAUGGAAUGUAACUGUGAUGCAUUACAAUCACUGGCUGUGUUCAGAAUGGAGUACUUAUUGUAAUAUUACCGCUCACUAAAUACUGUGCGUUACACAUCCAAUUCUGCUUACUGUUAAAUAUAGUAAAACAGUAGUGUCAUGCUGUUCUACAUUGCAUGUUUACUUUAAUGGGCAGUCUCCAGUUGUCUUUUUGAAAUCAAAGUUUAUUUUUUAUUCAUUCAAUUUUGUGUAAAUAUGUAUUCUAAUGUCUGACGAUGAGGAAAAACAGAUGAUAAAGCUCUUGCCUGUAGUUCCAAUCAAUUUGUCACACUGUAAAUGUGUGUGCAUACUAUACAGAAAUAGUGAUAUUAUGUUAGUAUGCUAUUCUGAACAGAGCCUAAUUCAGCGUGUUUGUGUGUAUGUGAGUUUUGUGUAUGAGGCUGUACUACACUAAAAGGUUCAGUGUGGUUCUAUAUAGAAC